AUGCCACUUUUAAAAUCAAUUAAAGAGAAAUUUGAACACUCGAAACUUACACCGAAGUCUCAUGCUGCUUUAGAACCAAGUAUCCCAAGCACCUCAAGUGAAAUUGAUCAAAAGACAAUUUAUAGGUAUCGUUAUAAUUAUGGUGUUAAUUUAGGUUCCUUAUUUGUUUUAGAACCAUGGAUUUAUAAUACGAUGUUUGAAGAAGGCGGAAAUGAUGAGUUCCAUGCUAUCUCAAACUACAUGCAAAAACACUCUGUCAAUGAGGCCAUCGCAAAAUUGAGCGAGCAUUAUAACGCCUAUAUUUCCAAAAUCGAUUGGAACUGGUUACGGACACAAGCUAAUGUUACAGCAUUGAGGGUCCCAAUUGGUUAUUGGCAUGUUAAAAAUGGUGACUUCCUGAGCCACUUACCAUUUGAACCUUUGAGAAAAGUCUAUGAAGGUGCUAAGCCAUGGGAAUUUUUGAGAGAAUUGGUUAAAACUGCCCAGAGUUAUAAUAUUGGUAUAUUGAUUGAUGUACAUGGUUUGCCUGGGGGAGCAAAUACUGAUGCACACAGUGGUAUUCAAAAUCCCAAGCCAACUUUCUUUCAAGAAAGUAAAUACGUGAGUACAAUGACAGAUGAAAUUUUACCCUUUAUUGUACAGGAUAUUUGCUCAAAUUAUGUCAACAUAAUUGGAUUGCAAAUCAUUAACGAGUCUGUUUUUAAUAACAAUGCAAAAGGUCAAAAAAAAUACUAUUCCAAAGCUAUUUCAAGCAUUAGGGAAAUAGAUAGUACAUUGCCAAUUGUUAUCUCAGAUGGAUGGUGGCCUGAUCAAUGGGCUGAUUGGCUAGUUCAAAAUAAGCUCGACUCGGCAGUAGUGGUUGAUUCUCAUAUUUAUCGUUGCUUUUCUGAAGAUGACAAAUCGAAGCAUGCUGGGCAAAUAAUAGAAGGUUUGCCUCAAUCAGUAAACUUCCCUUAUGAUAAAGCCGACUACAUGGUUGGAGAAUUUUCCUGCGUUCUCGAUAAUGCCACCUGGAAUAAGACUCAAGGUGACCGCAAUGUUCAUAUUCAUGAUUUUGGUAAUGCAGAGACAAAAAUCUUCAGUCAAGUUUCCAGUUGGGGCUGGUUCUUUUGGACUUUACAAUUCCAAUAUGGUGAUGGGGGCGAAUGGGGGUUUGUUCCAAUGAUGGAAAAAGGUAAUUUGUUGAAGAGACGUAACAUACCAGUAAACAUUCCAAAGGAAAAGGUUGACAAUAUAAUCUCUGAACAUGUUGAGUAUUGGAAGAAAAACGGUGGCGAGAAUUUCGAGCAUUGGAGAUAUGAAGAUGGUAUAAAGACAGCAAUUGCUGAUAUACAAAUGUUUGACAAGUUUGAUUGUUCAUCUUUAGGAAGAUGGCAUUCAUGGAUGGUUCAACGCAGGGAGCAGUACAUUAAACUUAAAAAUGACAGUGAAUAUAUGUGGGAAUGGGAACAAGGCUUUCAACGUGGAUUGAAAGAAUUUAAUAAAAAUUAG